UGCUUAUCUGGUUUUACCCAAAAAAUAGACCAACAACCUCUUUCUAUUUUUUGGCUAAUGAUCAGAUUAAGACACCAACCUAAAUUAAUCACAUUUCAUUAGCCAAAAAUAUCAAAAACUUCCCAACAGAAACCGUUAAGAUCUCUGCCUCUCUGUCUCUCUUGUGUGUCCACCUUUCCUCUCAUCUCUCCCCAUCCCUCAUUCCCCCUUCCAUCUUCACUUCCAUUGAGAAAAUAAGGGAAACCCCCCAGAAAAAAAAGCCUCAUCAAGAAAAAAAACCGCCUCUACCACCCCCGCCGGAAACGCAUCCGAUUCCAACAGCACCAACAACGCAUCAACCCCCAAAAAAGAAAAGAAAUUUAUCAUGAGUAGUAGUAGCCAUAGCCAUAAACACACUCAUCACAUUUCCACGACAACAACCAAAACACCACCAACCAAAGGCAACGCCAACGCCAACACGCAGGCUUGCGCUGCGUGCAAAUACCAGCGCAGAAAGUGCGCCUCUGACUGCAUUCUAGCCCCCUACUUCCCCCACGACCGCCAGCGCCAGUUCCUCAACGCUCACAAGCUCUUCGGUGUCAGCAACAUCAAGAAAAUCAUCAAACACCUUGACCAGCCGGACAAGGACGAUGCCAUGCGCACCAUCAUCUUCCAGUCUGACGUUCGCGCCAACGACCCUGUUGGCGGUUGCUACAGAAUCAUUUGCGAGCUGCAGCGCUUGAUCGAGUACAACAAGGCCGAGCUUGACAUUGUUCUUCACCAGCUAGCCAUAUGCAGAGCACAAGCACAAGAAGUUUACCAACAACACAAACCGAUUCAAAUGCCGGAAAUCGGAGAUCAAAACGCGUGCGAUCCGUCGAUUAAAGUGGACCCUUGGAGCUUGUACGGCAACCCAAUGGGGCAUUUUUAUUACAUUCAACAACCUCAGCCUCCUCACCAUGCAGUUGCACUGCAACAAGAACAAUCGCAACAACAACAACAACAACGAGUGCCUUAUGUGUUUGUUCAAAACAAUACUAAUAGCAACAACAAUAGUGACAGUACUAAUGGGGACCCACAUCCAUAUCCACAUCAACAUUUGUAUGAAGACUUGAGCAUGUGGGCCAUGCAGGAUUCUGUGUCUUGCUUGGAUAUCAAGCAAUGUGGUGGUGGGAUGAAUGGGAUUACCAACGUAUGUGAGGAUUUGAAGCCGUUCGUUGAUCAGAUUGCUUGUGGUGACGAUCAUGAGAGAAAUAAUGGGGAGGUGAUCGAUAUUAAUGGCGAUCAUCAACAAAGGUUAUUAGUGACAAACACAGAAUUACUCAUGUCAUCCUAAUGUUUUUUUUUUAACUUCAUUCAUUUAUUUAUUUAGUUUUUAUUUUUAAAUUGAGGUAGAUAGUUGGGUUAGGUUCGAGGGUAAGGUUGUUUUACCCCUUGAGCUAGAAAUCCCUAGGUGUUUUUUAAUUGUAAGUUAGCUAUUCUUCUUUGUGAUUUAAGAACUGAGUCAAUAAAAUGACCUUUGUUCCUAUUUUUAUUUUUUUUGUUCAAUAUCCAAAUUUAUUAGAGUUAGUUGUCUAACAUUAUUCUUGCGUUACAAAGAGAAAUUUAGACAACUAACCCCUCAAAAUCCCUCGAUGAUUGGUUGAACCCCCUCUGAGACUCCCUGGGAAGCAUUCGAAGCCCCUU